AUCGUGCGCUGAGUCUGCUGAGGUGCUCUGUCAAAACAUAACCUCUGAAACAGUAGGUUGUGAAAUAAGUAAAAAACAUGCAAACUAUAUACAGUGAAAAAACCGGUUAUAAAUUUGUUAGAACUUUGAACGAACACUGCUUUUUAAACUUUACUUCAUAAGUAUUACGUGUUCAGUAUGGACGUUUAGCACUGUGAUUUAACUUUCCUUCAUAUUUUUCCUAGCGUAGCGUGCGUGAAUAUAUUUAGGGUUACCAAGGUUAAAUAGUAUCGUUGGUCGUUGCUAGUGUUCACAAUAAUAAUUGUUGUAGUGAUGUAUCCACUAUCGAAUAUUGUAUAAUAUUAUAGUUACUGAACGAGUAACCACUGCUUGAUCAUAGUGCAAGUUUGUUUGUGAUUUACUACGGUCAAGAUGGUGCAAUCAAUAUUUGGAGUAUGGGACUAUAUUAUUAUGGUGUCCACAAUGAUUGCAUCAGUUGCCAUUGGAGUUUAUUUUCGAUUCAGCGGAGGCAAACAGAAAACGAAUGAGGAAUACCUCAUGGCUGACCGUAAUAUGUCUAUAUUUCCCGUUGCUGUAUCUUUGAUGGCCUCUUUUAUGUCCGCAAUUACGUUAUUAGGACUGUCAGCAGAAAAUUAUUACUUUGGAAUGCAGUUUGUGGUCAUAAAUAUAUCGUAUGGUAUAGCCACACCUAUAAUUAGUAGACUUUAUCUUCCCGUAUUCUUUGGACUUCAAAAGACAAGUACUUAUGAGUAUUUAGAGCUCCGCUUCGGCCCACGAAUUAGAAUGCUCGCGUCGUUAACGUACACAUUACAAAUGGUGCUAUAUAAUGGUAUAGUGUUAUAUGCCCCCGCUAUAGUUCUAGAAUCUGUGACUGGUCUGGACAGAUUGAUAUCGAUAUUAGUUGUAGGCUUAGUUUGCACUUUCUACUCAACUUUGGGAGGCAUGAAAGCAGUGUUAUUCACUGACUUGCUUCAGUCUUUGCUGAUGUUUGGAGCUGUAUUCAGCGUGGUCGUGUUCAGUGCGGUGCAGCUUGGAGGAUUUGAACAAAUAUUUAUAAAAGCCAAAGAGGGUGGACGUUUAGACUUUAGUAAUUUCAGCUUAGAUCCAACUGAGCGACAUACAUGGUGGUCACUCGUGUUUGGUGGCCUAUUCACUUAUAUGUCUCUAUAUGCAGUUAACCAUACACAGGUUCAACGUCUGCUAACAGUAAGCACCUUGGAGAGAUCACAGAAGUGCUUAUGGUGGAGUUGGCCUGUCCUCUCGUUACUAAGUAUUGUGACAUGCAUUGGUAGUAUAGGGAUUUAUGCAGUGUAUAAAGACUGUGAUCCAUUGAUGAAUAAAAAAAUUGCUUCGAUUGACCAGCUAAUGCCUUAUUAUGUGGUGGAUGCAAUGCGGAAAGUGCCAGGACUGGCUGGUCUGUUCGUGGCAGGCAUUUUCAGUGCGUCAUUGUCCACAAUAUCGGCAGCUUGCAACGCGCUCGCUGCUGUAACUCUCACAGACUACGUCGGUAGGUGGUGUAACAUCCGCGAGUCGUACCUACCAUGGUUAACAAAACUAGCGGCAUGCGGGUAUGGAUUGGUGUUCCUUGCAUUGGCCUUCCUCGCCGAGCAUAUGGGUGGUGUGCUGCAGGCUGCCUUUACCAUCUUUGGAGCAGUCGGUGGACCAUUGUUGGGCAUGUUCACACUUGGCAUGUUUACCACCUUCGCAACAGAAAGGGGAGUCUCGAUUGGAUUGAUUUCCGCUAUGAUGAUGACACUUUGGAUGAGUUUUGGGGGUCCGCGGCCGUCACCCGUUAAACUACCUCUUAGCACGGAGGGCUGUGGAUUGAAUGGGACUAUAACAUCAUUCCCCCCAAAUAACCCAGAUGACUAUUUUUAUUUAUAUAGGAUUUCUUAUAUGUGGACUAGUCCGUUGGGUUUCGUGUGGGUGUUGGUGGUGGGCAGCGCGGUGUCUGCUCUGUGGCGGCAGCAGCAGCCGUGGGAGCGCGCGGGCCGCAAACACCCCGACCCCGCGCUCUUCACGCCGCCGCUCGCGGCGCGUCUGAGGGCCGCCGCACAACACAAAACUGAUGUUCAGUGUGAACUUCUGAAGUGCGACGGAAUUCGAGACUAAUACUACAGAAUAUCUAAGUAGUUAUUAUAUAAUAGUUUUGUGUACUUUCUAAUAAAAAAGUGAUCCUUAAUAAAAUAAAAUGUAUUUAAUGCAUAUACAUAGUUAGUUGUAAUCUGAUAUUUCAGUGUUGGGAAAGAAUUUAAUUCUUAGUAGAUACUUAAUUAUUGCGUGUGUAACAUGCGAAUUGAUCAUUACAUAAUUUAUUUCAUAUGAAAAAUUAUGUAGUAGUAGAAUAUAUUCUGUUAAGUUGAACUAUAAAUAAAAUACUACUUCAAGCAACUGCUUUAAACUUUAGCACAAUGCAGGUGAUAUCAAUAUGAAACUAUUGAAUUUUAUUCGUAUUAGGUACACAUAGUACAGUUAAUGUCUGAAAACUGAUUUUAAAGCAAAUUUGUAUAUGGCACACAUAUUAUUUUAAAUAAAAUGCUACGGAAACUGCCUAUUAUUAACAUGCAUAGCCAAAUGUUUAAUUUAUAAGACAAAAGUUAUGUGAACAAAAUCUCAUUUUGAGAAAUGGUCGAGUAGUUUAGUUUAGUAGAGGCAAUAUAUUAUACGAGUAUGUAUGUAUACCCACUUAAAAGAAAGCAAAUUGAAUAUUUCUA